AUGAGUGCGGCGGGUCGCAUGGAUUUGCAGCUGGCGCAGCGAGACACGCCUCUCAAGUGGUUGGAGCAGAUCUGGUGGCCCAUCAAGAAAGGAGGCACAAUGGUGCAAUGGCGCAAACGGCACAACGCUGUUGCCUGUUCGCAGUGCUGCAGCCGAGAAGCGAUAGCCGAAAACCAGGCUGAGGCCAUCUUGUGCGAGUUCCGGGCUCGAGCUGCCAUGUUUGGCCGGCCCAGGCUCUUUCGACCCUGCUCGACUCUGCAGCAACGGCCUUCGGCGGCUUCGACACAGAACUCCGACACGAGCAACGUCGGACCAUCACAGGUCGACACACCCCAACUUCCGAAUUCCAUCGCUGCCACCGAGGCGGCCCGCUCUUGUCGAUAUGAGCAGGGCAGAUGUGGCCGACGGCGCAUCGACGACGAUGCCCAAGCCCAGCUGCAUCUACAUCCUGUUUCGAGCACUGCGUACAGCAUGCCAUCACUGUCGUCGCACCACUCGGACUCUGAGCUUUGGGCAGAGCCCCAGCUUGUGUCCUCUGGCUUCGCACAACCUGCUCAAUCGGGCAGCGCACAUUCGAGACAAGGGUCCAUCAUCUCCAAUAGCAGUCACGGCGUCGACCCCCGAUCCACAUCCAGCAGCGGCUCGCAACUGCCUGUAUCUUCUUCGACGAUUCCAGAGGAUCCUCUUUGCGGCACCAUUCCUGACGCGAUGAACGAUACCUUCUGGUGGUUGGCAUCCCACUGGCAACCAUCUUCAACGUGCGACCCAUCAUCUAAUUGGCCCGAGUGGACCAACACUUUCAGCCAGACAGACUCGACACGCCAAGCCAUCUCGAACAACGCGACCCAUGCCUCUAUCGAUGCAGACUCUCUGCGUCUCACCAGAGAAUGCUACGGCGCCGCGCGCGUCCAAGAUGCUACGCCCCCCUUCCCGGCUCAAGGCCGAAGCGAAGCAUCUGCAGAGCUGCUUCAUGCCUACAAACGCUGUCUGCCAAAGCCAAGCAGAUGGCCGACACUCUUGAAAGCGUUGGAAAGGCUCUGUCGCUCCGCGCACGGUCCUUCCGAGGCAGAAACAAGCCCCUUUCUAUGCCUUUCAAAGCUGCAAGAACAGCUCGAGCUGGACACGGUCUUGGCGCAAGACGGUUUGGCAAGCGCCCUCAGUCAACCCGGCCUCUCUUCCUCCUCCGUCCAGCCAGAUCCACUCCGUUGCGCUUGGACACUGGCCGCAAUCUGCCUCGCCGAGUCGAUUCUGGCUUCGUCGCCAAUCGAGCUCCCCCGCAAUCUCACCCUAGAGCAACUCGAUCACAUGCCAGAUGCCACCAUCCUGCUCUUUACAGUCGCUUGGGAGCACUGCCGAAAGGGCCUCUGUGGAGAUUCCAUCCAAGUGAUGCAGACGUACCGCAUGAUGUCCCUUGCUUUCUCAAGAUGCCACCAGGGUCAAGAGCUCGCUUCUGCCUCCGUCUUUCUGGGCUGCAGAGCAGCAGCCACCAUGUCGAUCCACCGCGCUGCGACGAUCGCCAAUCUAGGAUCCACCCUGCGGCAGCAACAAGCGCUAAAUGCCUUCUGGCACCUCGUCAGCCAGGGCUGCCACUUCCAAGCCUGGCAAGGACGAGACAUGCCCAUCGACUUGGCGCUUGUCGAGCUGCCCAUGCCGGACCCGAAGGCAGGCAUGCAACAACAAGCCGACCCGCUAUCAUCUUCGCACACAGCAGCGGCUACAAAGAGUCCAAGAUCGCAGUUUCUGUCCUCAUCACCCGUGUUCGUAGCACGCAUCUGGACAAGCGUUGCGAUCGGCCAGACGAUCGAGCGACACUACCGACAAGGAGCAAGACUGCUGGUGCCUUGCGAGACCCGCUUGGAAGUGGCGACGCCCAUGACGACCAAGCCGUCGCAUCAAGAAGAGGAUCACGUCGAGCGAACAGGCAAGGCUCUUGACUUUUGUGCUUCGCUUUUGCAGACGCGCGAGCCAGCAAGCGCCGAUCACAAAGAGCCGCAGCUCAAGCGCUUCGUGCUCAUGUUGAUGCGCUACACCCGCGUUCUGCUACACUAUCCCUUCUGCCGUGUUGACAGAGACCACCGCAAGGCAGCGCAGGAGGGCAUAUCGGCGACCGUUUCUACUGUACUUGGCACUCUACUCAGCCUCGGAGCCAAGGAUGAUGAUGACCAAGAAGGAGAUGGAGAGGAGGAAGAGGAGGAGGAAGAAGACGGUGGCAAUGACCUGAACGGAGCCAAUCAUCGUAGCUGUCAGCUUCGCGGCAGUGGUCAGAAUGGCUCGACUCGCUCCGAUGCCCCCAGCUCGCUCACUCAACCCGACCUGGCCAGCUCGGCCAGAGUGGACAGACACCUGCUGGAACUGAUGGCCGGCUUGAGCCUGCGUGCGCUCGUCUUCACCUUGGCAUUGAUCAAGCAUCCGCUGCUCCCUCUCGCUUCCGACACUGCUUCGAGUGCAGACGACGGCGAGAGACAGAGGUCUGAUGCGCUGCUCGCGCUCGGCGCCUUGGAACAAUUGCACCAGCUCGGCGUCGUGUCGGCCCCUCUGCUGCGCAAGGCUCGCAAGGCUGCGAGACUCGGUGGCGGGAUUUGA